CCGCCACUGUGGCUGCUCAGUUGGCUGGACACGAUGGCGGGGAAAGCUUCGCAGGCGAAGCAGGACGAAACCUCCGAGGACAAUGUGCGCCUGCCCAAGGAGGAGGAACAACAGUCGGCAGCUGCCGCCUUUUUCGAGUCGAAAACCUUUCGCCUGAUCUCCAUCUUCCUGUACUUGGGCGGCAUCAGUGGCCUGGGCAUGGUGCUGGCCCUCUACUACCUAAUGUUCUUCGACUCCAGCAUGCCGGACAUUCAUCUCAAGUUUCCCGUGUCCAUUGGCGGCCAUCCAGUGCAGAAAGUGCACGAGUACCAAUGA